CAAAUGAAAUAGAAAUAUGAGUGGUGAGUGGCUACAAAGUGAUAAGAAAUGGUUGAGUAGGGUAUGAAAUAUGAGGACACCAAUUCACCCUCCAUAUUCUUUAGAUAAGAGAACAAUCUAGACUUUUUCAUACUUCACAUUUUCUAUCACCUCUUCACUAUCUUGCUUCUUUACAACUUGAACCAAAACUCAGAGCUACCAAGUAAAGAAUACAGAGAAAAAAGCUGCAAUGGCUGCAACCACCAUUUCAACCAUGGCCAUGCUGAAUGCCAAGUGCAUUCUCAGUGCUUCUUCUUCAUCAUCAUCUCCAAAGCCCAACUUGAUCACUCUUCCUUCCAGGCCUACUAAGUCUGUGCUCCAGAGCCUCCCGAAAAGCCUGACAGGGACCGCGAUAGCAGGAGCUGUUUUCUCGACUCUGAGCUCAUGUGACCCUGCUCUGGCUGCUCAGCAGCUGGCUGUCCUGGCUGACGGUGCUGCUGCAGGCGACAACCGUGGCUUAGCGCUUCUGCUACCAAUUGUGCCCGCCAUUGCAUGGGUUCUUUACAACAUUCUGCAGCCAACUCUGAACCAGAUCAACAAAAUGUCUGCUAAAGGUGUCAUUGUUGGACUCGGGCUCGGUGGUGGCUUGGCUGCCUCGGGAGGGUUCCUGUCGACCCCUCAUGCAGUUGCUGCGGCUGAUCAGGUGGCUACUCUUGCAGAGGAGGCGGCCAAGGCAGGUGAUAGCAGAGGUCAGCUUCUGUUGAUCGUCGUGGCGCCAGCUAUACUGUGGGUGUUGUACAAUAUUCUACAACCAGCUCUAAACCAGAUCAAUAAGAUGAGAUCUUGAUUGUUAUUAGUAGCUUCUUUAAUCAGUCACUAUAGACUGAUUAUGUAUACCACUUGUAAUUGAACCUUCUUCAUGGUCAAUGAACAAACUUUUGUAUUUGUGAUUCAA